UUAUAUCAAGAUGAGGCUGUUCGUUGUUGUUGUCUGCGUUGCCGUGGCAACCGCCUUAGAUCCGGAGUGGGAGGACUUCAAACGUCGCUACGGUAAACGAUAUGAGAGUCUGUCUGAGGAAAACGCCAGGCACUCCAUAUUCGAGGAGAACAACAGAAUGGUGAAGCAGCACAACGAGGAAGCAGCCACGGGCAAACACACCUUCUUCAUGCGUAUCAACAAGUUCAGCGAUCUUACAAACGAAGAACGCCAGCAACUUCUGAUGGGCGCGGGUCUGCUGCAGUACAACACGAAUCCGCCAGAAGACAAAAUCUUCAAGCCUUCACCCGACCUAAAGGUCAACGACACCGUAGACUGGAGGGAGAAAGGUGCCGUGACGGAGGUGAAGAACCAGAAACAGUGCGGGUCCUGCUGGGCUUUUAGUGCGACGGGCUCUUUGGAAGGUCAGCACUUCCUGAAGACAGGCGAGCUGGUGUCCCUGAGUGAACAGAACCUGGUGGACUGUUCUCGCAGUGCGGGCAACAAGGGUUGUGACGGAGGGCUCAUGGACCAAGCCUUCGUCUACAUCAAGGAUAACGGCGGCAUCGACACUGAGGAGUGCUACCCCUACAAGGCAGAGAACCACAAGUGUCAUUAUAAUGCGAACUGCAGUGGAGCGACCGUGCGCAGCUACCACCACAUCUUCCCGCCUCAUGACGAGAAGGCCUUACUGCGGGCCGCCGGUAGUGUCGGGCCCAUCUCUGUCAGCAUCGACGCCACUUGGGGCUCCUUCUUCCACUACAGCCACGGUGUUUAUGACGAGCCGAAGUGCAGCUCCACACACCUGGACCACGGUGUAUUGGUUGUGGGAUAUGGCUCUACUAAUGGAUCCGACUACUGGCUCGUCAAAAACAGUUGGGGCAAGGAGUGGGGCAUGGAAGGCUACAUCAUGAUGUCCAGGAACAAACACAACCAGUGUGGCAUCGCUACUGCUGCUGUCUACCCUGUAGUCUGACAAACUGGACUCUAGAGGAAAUAAAGCGUACCAAAAACGGCCCUUUUUUUACAAUGAGACACAAUAAGUGACCAGGCGCAGUCGUGUGAGUUUAUUGGUUGAUUC